GUUCUCCUGGUUGUUAACUUUUUUCCAAGGUAGACCAUAUCUAUGGCCCUUUGUGAAAAGUGAUCAGCACAAUACCCAACGUAUAAUACUUAUCAGUCAUCUUCUCUUGUUCUGGGCGUAUACUGCAUCUUAUAAGAAAAAAAAAUAUGGGUAAAACGGCAAUAAUGGUUUUACAAGAGUUAGGAAUGAAAGAGGGCUUCUUACCAGUUUACACAUUGCUUCGUGCAGAAACUGGUAAGCACAUAAAUAUAUUUACUUAUGAAGUAAAAUAUAAAGAUUUCUCAGUAACUGGACAAGCUUUGAAUAAAAAAGACGCGAAGCAGAAAGCAGCUCAGAAUAUGUUAACAUUAUUGGAAGACCCAAAUGAUAUUUCCAAGACCAAACCACUAUCAUCAUCAAACGACAUUUAUCCUGAUACUUCCCCUUCUACAUCAAGACAAGCUUUGCUAGAUUCAACAUUAAUGCAUGAAGACCUUAAAAAUUAUGUUGGAUCUCUGCAACAAUACUGUGGGGAAAAUAAAUUAAUGCAGGCAGAGUAUCAAAUUACGGAUAUAACUGGCCUAGGACACGAACAAGUGUUUACUAUGUCCUGUACAGUAGGGUCAAUAACUGAAGAAGCAACAGGAACUAGAAAAAAGCAAGUCAAACAAAGAGUAGCAAAAAAGAUGUUAGAACGUCUCACAAAUACUAAUCAUCCGUCAGUUGCAAACAAAGAUGAAUCUGGAUCUUCUAAUCCUUUUAAACACUGUGACGAUUUGUCUGGAAUAGACAAAGAUGUUCUUGACGACUUAAGUUUACAAUUACAUAAUUCUGAACUAAACGAAACCGAAUCUCAAGCAAGUAAGAAGAAAAAAUUUCUAGAUGCAAAUAUCAAGAGUAACCUAGGACCAAUACUUCCAAAGGAUGUUAGUGAAUUACAAAAUCGUCAUUUGUUCUUCAAACAGUACGUUUACAAUACUGUUUGUAAUGAUAGCGAGGAAACAUUACUUGAAAUAUUGAAUACUGUCAAAGGCUUUAAGAGAAGUUUUAUGGAUAUAGAGGAAUAUGACAUCGUAAGAGUAACUUCUCUGGAACAGGAGAUUUUAAUAUAUAUUGAAGAGAAAAUGAAAUUAUCCAUGGAAAAAAAGAUUAUACAUAGCAAGAAUCCAUUGCUAAAGAUAACUGCUUUUAAAAUAAGUACUCCUGUAGCUAUAAUUCAAUUUGGAGCACAUAACAGUUCGCUGGUUGCAGGAGCAAUAGCUCUAGUUAAUAUUCUUGACACGAUUAUAAGAUACUUGGAGUAAAUAUAAAUGUCUAAUUUCUUACAGUAGUUCUUACAAUUUUACGUUCUGACAUUUACUUUUUGAUAUUAUAAUAUAUAUAGGUUGAUAUCACAAUUUAUACAAUCGUAAUUGUGUUCGUAAUUGUGGUAAUAAUUGUGACAAUAAUCGUGAUCGUGAUCGUGAACGUGAUCGUGAUCGUGAUCGUAGUCGUCGUAGUCGCAAUCGGAAUUUUAAUCUUCAUAUUAAUCUUAAUCGGAGUCAGAAUCAUGAGCUUUAUCCUGAUUGUAGUUGUAGUUGUGUGGUAGGCGUAGUCGUAGUCGUGCGCGUGAUGGUGAUUGUGUUGUGACCGUAGUCGUAGUCGUAGUCGUAGUCGUAAUCAUGAUUGAUGUCGUAAUCGUGUUGUAAUUGCAACGUAAUCGUAAUAGUAAUCAAAUGUAAUGGUAACCCUAAAAAAGAUUUUAUACCUUGAGGCUUUACAUAAUCUAUGAAAUUAUAAUCGUAUAAGUAUAUUUUAUAAACUUUUAAAAUCCAUUAAAGUGAAUUUAAGACUUGAAAUAUUUAUUAUAAAAGAAAAUAAAAAAUAAAUGAUCAAUAUAAAAUGUUAGACUGUAAACGUACAAAUAUAUUUUAUGUCUCGAUAUUUGAUAUAAAAUGUAAAAUUUUAAUCGUAUAAAUAUAUUUUAUUACCUUGACUUUGUUAUAUGUAAACUAAGAAACUGUAAAUGUAUAAAUAUAGUACAAAAUCUUGACGUUUUACAAGAACCGAAAUUGUAACAACAAAAGGCAAAUAAAAAUGGCUGUAAAAGUA